GCAGAGGACAAGCCACCAGGCCAGAGUUUGGGUAUCUAAGAGAGCUUCUGGAACGGGAGAAUCCAUGGAGCUCAAUUGUGAAAGCCUGCGUGGCAUGAGUAGCCAGAAGAGAUUCUGAAGGGUUCCAAGAGCUGAGGACAUGGGGACCCUGGCUGUGGAAGUGUUGUACUGUGAUCACCCAGUCUAACUGAGGAGAGAGAAGUGGGGGAGUGCCACCAGGGAAAUCUUCCUUCAUGGUGUGAAGCACUCUAUCAGUGGGGGCCGUCCUGAGCCGGGAGAGUGGCCGGCCGAGUGGAGUACUAUGGAUAGAGCCCAGGGCUGGGCCCAGCCCCAACUGCUAUCUCCAGGAAGCAGGGAAGAGACUGCUCCCAGGCCCAAGGGAGUCAGCUGUGCGGCUGGAGCAACUCCUCAGGGACCCAGAGGCUGGAAAAGACUGUUCACCUGCUGCUCUGCGCACUGACAGCCUGGAGCCCGCUGCCUGCUGGGGUUGCAUCAUCUGCAGCUCAAUAAGGUUUUUCUCUAUCAACCUUGAAAUCAGCCUGGAGCCUGCUGGACCUGCCCCCCCAGGGAGCUGGAGCCAGAGGCAGAGCCAGGCUACACAGAAGCUGGGGUGCCCACACAGGCAGGAAGGCCACCAGGCCAGAAGGACACCUAGCACCUUUGGGGCGUCCUAUCCUGUUGUACCAUGUCUGCGAGCAGCAGGGAGAUGGGACCUUCUCUGACCCCGGAGAUCCUUAGCCACCUGGGCCUUGCCAAUAAGACUGCAGCUUGGGGGACCCUGGGCACACUCAGGACCUUCUUGAGCUUCAGUGUGGACAAAGAUGUACAGAGGCUACUGAAAGCCAUUACAGGCCAAGGUGUGGAUCGUGGUGCCAUUGUGGACGUGCUAACCAAUCGGAGCAGAGAGCAAAGGCAGCUUAUUUCUAGAGCCUUCCAGGAGCGUACCCAACAGGACCUGCUGAAGUCCUUGCAGGCGGCACUCUCUGGGAACCUGGAGAAGAUUGUGGUGGCCCUGCUGCAGCCUGCAGCCCAAUUUGAUGCCCAGGAACUGAGGACAGCCUUGAAGGCCUCAGAUUCUGCGGAGGAUGUAACCAUGGAAAUUCUUGCUACCCGAACCCCACCUCGGCUGCAGGAGUGCCUGGCAGCCUACGGGCACCAUUUCCAGGUGGAGGCUGAGGACGACAUCAAGUCUAAGACCAGUGGCAUCUUGCGGGACCUGCUCCUGGCCCUGGCCAAGGGGGGCCGGGAGAGCUACUCUGGAAUUAUUGACUACAAUCUGGCAGAGCAGGAUGUCCAGGCGCUGCGGCAGGAUGAAGGGCGCAGCACCCAGGGGCCAUGGGUCCUAAUCCUCACCCAGCGCAACCCCAAACACCUCACCCGAGUGUUUGAGCAGUACCAGCGGCGCACGGGGCAGGAGCUGGAGGAGGCCGUGCGCACCCGUUUCCGUGGAGACGCCCGGGCCGCCCUGCUCAGCCUAGCCUCGGUGAUCAGGAACACGCCGCUGUACUUUGCUGACAAACUCCACCGAGCCCUCCAGGAGUCUGAGCCCAAUUACCAAGUCCUGAUGCGCAUCCUUAUCUCUCGAAGUGAGACUGACCUUCUAAGCAUCCGAGCUGAGUUCAAGAAGAAAUUUGGAAAGUCCCUCUAUUCUUCUCUCCAGGAUGCUGUCACAGGGGAUUGCCGGUCAGCCCUUCUGGCCCUGUGCAGAGCUGAAGACAUUUGAGGCCUCCCUUCCCCCGACCUCCAUGUGACCUUCAAGGAUCUGAGAUGCCUAUGUUUGGCUAAGCCUGCAGGAGACCAGCUGGGCCUCUAAAUAGGAUGACCCUUCAUGGUGCCCCGCAUACCAAGCUUCUUGUUAAGGCUGAACUGUAUCUUUUAAAUCCCUAAUUUCUUUCAUUUCAAAAUGGUUUCUUUACCUGGGUCCUCUAGCUCUGUCCUGGAAGAAGGGUAAUGGGAUUUCUUUGAUAGUUUCUAUCCCACUCAUCUUUCUCAUACCCUGGCCAGAACAUCUCUCUGGUACUCCAAUUCUUUUUGGCAAACUUUACUGUUGUUUGUGUUCUCUGACUGAACUUUGGGUGGAGCAGGACACAGACCAGGAAGACGCCUUGGAGCUGACGCACCUUUGAAGUGCACUUGGCUAUUCAAUGAGAAUCCUGUUUUUGCCCCCGUGUUGCAGUUAUUAACAUGUUCCACCCACCAUGUC